GACUCCAACGCAACGCCAACUCCUCCACACCACCACCAUCACCACCACCACCACAACCACCAACAUCCGCCAAUCUCUGCCGCUUUCUCUCCUGCGACCCGUGUCGACGGAUCCGCUUUCCUCUCCCCUUCUCAAAUUUGGGGGGACUGAAGGAGGCACACAAAUUGUCUGAGAAAGACGAAAACAGAACAUUUUUUCGGAGGCUUUUCCACUAUCUUGUCUGAAUCAUCAAAUCAAAGCCUUUUCAAACAAAAAUAAAUUCAAUCUGUUUUUCUUCUGUCUUGAAUCUCAACCAGUUUCUUCUUUUCUUUUUCUUUUUCUUUUUUUAAAGUUCUUUUCUUUUCCGUAAUUAUUGUCGCGGUGGAGCCGUUGUUAUUUAGUUUUCGGAAAGUUUCGAGUUUUGUGGCAAAUUCUCUUGUUCUCAAAAGAUCUCAGCCGAAGAAAUUUCCGUUUUUUUCCUUCAUUUCUAGCGAAAAGUAGAGAUUUUUAGCGGUUAAUAGAUGGAGCAGAAGCACGUAUUGUUGUCGGCUUUGAGUGUCGGAGUCGGGGUCGGAGUGGGGUUGGGUUUGGCCACCGGCCAAACCAUGAGCAAAUGGACCGGAAGUGGUGCUGCCUCGACCGGCGUUACUUUGGAGAAGAUGGAGCAAGAAUUGAUCAGGGAAAUUGUGGAUGGUAGAGAAAGCAAGGUCACCUUUGAAGAGUUCCCUUACUACCUCAGUGAGCAAACUCGAGUAUUGUUGACAAGUGCUGCUUAUGUUCACUUGAAGCAUGCCGAUGUUUCCAAGUACACAAGAAACCUUUCCCCUGCCAGUAGAGCCAUUUUGCUCUCUGGGCCUGCAGAACUUUACCAGCAAAUGCUUGCAAAAGCUUUAGCCCAUUAUUUUGAAGCGAAGCUGCUGCUGUUAGAUGUAACUGACUUUUCUCUAAAGAUUAUGAGCAAAUAUGGUGGUGGUAGCAAUAAAGAAGCUUCUUUGAAAAGGUGCCCUUCAGAAUCAACACUAGAGCGCUUGUCUGGCCUAUUUGGGUCAUUUUCACUGAUUUCAUCAAAGGAGGAGCCCCAAGGCAUGUUACGUAGGCAAAAUAGUGGCGUGGAAAUUGGAUCAUGGGGAAAAGAAGGUUGUAAUAAUCCUCCUACGUUAAGGAGAAAUGCAUCAUUAUCAGCUAACCUCAAUAACCUAGCUUCUCAGUGCAGUUCUGCCAAUCCAGCUCCCCCCAGGCGGACUAGCAGUUGGUCAUUUGAUGAGAGGCUUCUUAUACAGGCUCUAUACAAGGUCUUGGUUUAUGUGUCCAAAACAAAUCCCAUUGUGCUGUAUGUUAGGGAUGUCAAGAAGCUUUUGUUUAGAUCGGGAAGGAUAUAUAAUUUAUUUCAAAAGAUGCUGAGCAAACUCUCUGGACCUGUGCUGAUCCUUGGUUCACAAGUUGUAGAUCGAGGUAAUGAUGACAAAGAGGUGGAUGAGAGACUAACUGCCCUUUUCCCAUACAAUAUUGAAAUCAAACCCCCACAAGAUGAAAACCAUCUUGUCAGCUGGAAAAAUCAGCUGGAGGAGGAUAUGAAGAAGAUCAAAGCACGAGAUAAUAGAAACCACAUCAUGGAGGUACUUUCAGCAAAUGAUGUUGACUGUGAUGAUCUAGAUUCAAUCUGUGUGGCAGAUACCGUUGCCCUUAGUAACUAUAUAGAAGAGAUUGUGGUAUCAGCUAUUUCUUUUCACUUAAUGAACAAUAAGAAUCCUGAAUACAGAAAUGGGAAACUCGUGAUUUCACCCAAAAGUUUGUCACAGGGAUUGAACAUAUUCCUGGAAGGCAAAUCCCUUGGAAAGGACACAUUAAAGUUGGAAGCACAGACCGAAGCAUCCAAGGGAGCAGGAGAAGAGGCCUCUGUAAAUACAAAAAUAGAAUCAAGUGUAAUUCCUGAAAAGAAAGGUGAAAUAGAGACAACAGCUUCGGUGAAGACUGAUGGAGAAAAUGCUACUCCAGCCACAAAAGCUCCAGAAGUUCCUCCUGACAAUGAAUUUGAGAAGCGAAUAAGGCCUGAGGUCAUACCAGCAAACGAGAUUGGUGUAUCAUUUGCUGAUAUUGGUGCUUUAGAAGAGACUAAAGAAUCUCUCCAGGAACUGGUUAUGCUUCCCCUGCGAAGGCCAGACCUCUUCAAAGGAGGACUUCUAAAGCCUUGCAGGGGAAUAUUGCUUUUUGGCCCUCCUGGAACUGGGAAGACGAUGUUGGCCAAGGCCAUAGCCAAAGAGGCUGGAGCAAGCUUCAUUAACGUAUCCAUGUCUACCAUCACUUCUAAAUGGUUUGGUGAAGAUGAGAAGAAUGUACGAGCUUUAUUCACAUUGGCAGCAAAGGUCUCCCCAACUAUUAUAUUUGUUGAUGAGGUCGAUAGCAUGCUUGGGCAGAGGUCUAGAGUUGGGGAGCAUGAAGCCAUGCGGAAAAUAAAGAAUGAGUUUAUGGCUCAUUGGGAUGGGCUCUUGACAAAACCAGGCGAGCGGAUCCUUGUUCUUGCUGCAACCAACAGGCCAUUUGACCUUGAUGAAGCAAUAAUCAGGCGUUUUGAGAGAAGGAUCAUGGUAGGGCUUCCAUCCUUAGAGAAUCGGGAAAUGAUCUUGAAAACUCUCUUAGCAAAAGAAAAGGUGGAGGAGGGUCUCAACUUCACUGAGCUUGCAGUGAUGACUGAAGGAUAUAGUGGAAGUGACCUUAAGAACUUGUGCACAACAGCUGCUUAUCGGCCUGUUAGGGAAUUAAUAAAGCAAGAGAGAUUGAAGGAUCAGGGGAGAAAGCAAAGAGCAGCUGCUGGAAACGACACAGAAGAUGCCUCAACUAAAAUGGAAGAUGGUGAAGAAGGGGAAAGGAUUAUUACCCUAAGGCCGUUAAACAUGGAAGAUUUUAGGGAGGCAAAGAACCAGGUUGCGGCUAGCUAUUCUGCUGAGGGUGGUAGUAUGAAUGAGCUGAAGCAGUGGAAUGAGAUGUACGGAGAAGGAGGUUCUAGGAAGAAAGAGCAGUUAACUUACUUCCUAUGAGACUGACAUUAAAGGAGUUAGAGAGCUUUUAGGACCUAAAUCUCCCUUGAUGCCCUUACCACAAGCAGUAAGGAGAUGAUAUCUUUUAAGGAAAAGGCAUAACCGAACCUUGAGAAGAAUAGGGGAGUACAUAUAUAUAUGUUGUAACAUUAAUGAUCAUGCAAUAGUUCAUUAGGGAUUGAGAAUUUGUGUAAUGUAAUAUUACGCUCUGCUGUAUUCUAGAAUUGAAAAUAAUGCAGCGGUAUGUAGCGCUUUACCAGGCAGGCUGCUGGUCAGAAAUAGCCGAAGGGCUACUUUGUACUUCUUUUAAAGCAGUGAUAUUAAUGGAGUGAGAUGCUUCUAAAAUCUUGAGAAGUUUGAUCUCAAUUUUCAUUUAAAUGCUUGUUUUCCUGGGUGUAUGACUGUUUAUGGAUCUGUCCUCCCCAGCCUUGUUUCGGAGAGAGAACUUACACGACCAUUCCUGAUGGACCAAAGACGGAGAGAUUAGACCUAUAUAUGCCGACCAAGAACAGUCCAGGGAUUAUUAGCCUGCAAAAUUGUUGGGCAGAAGAAUAUCAGUUCAAGCCCGCAAACAAAUUAAAAUUCUUAUC